GGAAAAUUACAAAUAUGAAGUCACUUCGGAACGGUUAUCGCGUCGGCUCUUCAGGGUCGGCGGGACAUGUAGUAUUAGUGAGUGCACAAGGACGUGGGCGGAGAGGGAAAGUUUACUCAGGCCGCACGAGCGGUGGUUCGAGAUGGUGCCGCCAGGUAUCCCUUUUGGCAGCGCUGAACUCAGCUCCUACUUUAAGCCCAGAUGAUACCGGGGUGUCCAGCGUCGCUGCCUCCAACGGCCGGGGCACGGCCUUUUCUGAUACUUUACCUUCAUCACUUCUAACUACUCUAAAGCAGCUUACGGAUAUCGGAGAUGGUAAAGAGCGGCUAAGGCGGCUGCUGGACCUGGGUGCAGCAUUCCCCCCGCUGCCCGAGGAGCAGCGCACCGCCGCCACCCGUGUGAUGGGGUGCACGGCGCAGGUGUGGCUCACCGCGGAGCUGGACGCUGCCUCAGGGACCUUGCAGUUCCAGGGUUGGAGCGACAGCGAGGUGAGCAGGGGCCUGGUGGCCCUGCUGGCGGCGGGACUGAGGGGCCUCACCGCGGAGGAGGUGCUGCAGGUGUCCCCCUCUCUGCUGCAGCAGCAGCUCUCCGGAGCGCUAGGUCGCGGGCUGCUGGCCCCCGGCCGCACCGGCGGGGUCGCCAACAUGCUGGAGGCCGCCAAGAAGCGCGUGCGCGUGCUGGCACUGCCGCACACGCUGGCCGCCUUCCCCUCGCUGCGCAUCACCGCGGGGCAGCUGAGCCCGCAGGGGGCAUUUGCGGAGGCGCAGGCCAGGUACCUGCACCCGGACCCGCAAAGGGUGUCCGCGCUUGUGUCUGCGCUGCGUGAGAAGCGCAUCGGCGUCGUGGCUCACUUCUACAUGGAUCCCGAGGUGCAGGGGGUGCUCAGCGCGGCGGCGGAGAGCUGGCCGCACAUCGCCAUCAGCGACUCGCUGGUGAUGGCGGACAAGGCGGUGCGCAUGGCGGAGCAGGGAUGCAGGGCCAUCUGCGUGCUGGGAGUGGACUUCAUGAGUGAGAACGUGCGCGCCAUCCUGGACGAGGCUGGCCACACGCAGGUGGGGGUGUACCGGCUGGCGGAGACGGACAUCGGCUGCUCGCUGGCGGAGGCGGCGGAGAGCGACGACUACCUGGCCUACCUGGACACGGCGGCGCAGACGCCAAACAGUGUUCACGUGGUGUACAUCAACACCUCGCUGCGCACCAAGGCGCUGGCCGACCAGCGAGUGCCCACCAUCACGUGCACCUCGUCCAACGUGGUGCAGACGGUGCUGGCGGCGUUCGCAGAGAUCCCCGACGCCACCGUGUGGUACGGCCCCGACACCUACAUGGGUCGCAACCUGGUGCAGCUCUUCACCGACCUGGCCUGGGGCGGCGCCACCGACGAGGACGUACGGCAGCUGCACCCCGCCCACUCGGUGGCCUCCAUCCGGGCGCUGCUGCCGCGGCUGCGGCACUACGAGCGCGGCACCUGCAUCGUGCACCACCUGUUUGGGGGGGAGGUGUGCGAGGCGGUGCGGGCGGCGUACGGGGACGCCUACCUGGCGGCGCACUUUGAGGUGCCCGGGGAGAUGUUCCGGCUGGCAAUGGAGGCCAAGCGCACCCGCGGCAUGGGCGUGGUUGGGUCCACCUCCAACAUCCUGGACUUCAUCGGCGAGCAGCUGGGGCGGGCGCUAGCGGCCCCGCGACCCGAGGUGCUGCAGUUCGUGUUGGGCACGGAGGCGGGCAUGAUCACCAGCAUCGUGAGGAGGGUGCAGGGCAUGUUGCAGCAGUCCGGCCGCAGCGACGUGGAGGUGGAGAUUGUGUUCCCGGUGGCUCCCUCCGCCAUCACCACCGCCCGCCAGGACACCGCGCAGGGGCCCGUGCAGCUUCCCUCGGGCCUCACAAUCGUGCCAGGCCCCGCCUCCGGCGAGGGCUGCAGCCUAGAGGGCGGCUGCGCCUCCUGCCCCUACAUGAAGAUGAACACGCUGGAUGCGCUGAUGGGGGUGUGCGCCAGGGUUGGCACGGCGGGUGAGGCCACCCUGGAGCGCUUCCGGCCCCGCUCCUACAGCGACGAGCGGGUGAGCGGCCGCACACUGGCCGCUGCCGGCUGCGUGCCCAUCCUGCACAUGCGGCACUUCCAGCAGAACAAGCAGCUGAGCGAGCAGCUGAGGCAGGACGUGGUGGGCAGGAACAGGGGCGGCAGCGCGUGAGGAGGCGAGGAAAACUAAGAAAGAAGAAAGAAAUGCAGUGUGGUAUUAGGUAGUGGCGACCCUUGGGAAUGGGAAAAGGAGGGGGGUCGAACAGAUGUCUUGGAUGUGGCUGGGAUGCUUAUUGUGUGGUCACGCGGUGCGAUUGAUUGAACAUACGUGGCGUGUAGAAUAGGCGUACAUUCUUGUUUGAGAUCCUGAAAUGGAGGGGCUGGUUAGACUUCGGUUAGCACUGUACCUAUUCCGUGUCUGGUCUGGUCGGGGGUGGCGCUUGCUAGGCAUAUGGCGAGGAUGUGGCGUCAG